CUUCGCACUCCGUCCUACCGCCAACGCAGCGCCAACGCACUCCUCCCUCCCUCGCAGGGAUACAGGGCGCGAUACGGGUUCAUCGUCGCUCUGGGCGAUGUCUGCAGAUGUGCUUCCACAUCGACAGCCGAGUAAUGUGCUGCGACCGCAUGCCAACGCGAAGGUAGCACCUCCGUCUCUGUCUUCGCCGUCACUCUCCCUUGCCGCUGCAAAAAUGGCUCCCUCUCUUCACCCUGCAGCAUCUGCAUCGUCGCGUCCAGACAUGUACCUCAUCGCCGAGCACGACGUCGUUUACGAGCAGGAGCUCAUCAAGAACCCGUACAACUUGAGAGCCUGGCUCGACUACGCAAAUUUCAAACGGGCAAACGGGUCGCUGCUCGAGCAGGCCUUCGUACUCGAGCGCGCAUGCACCCUUCUUCCUCGCUCGUACAAGCUAUGGAAGAUGUACCUUGAGCUCCGCACACGUCAUCUCAAGGACAGGAACGCCGCCAAGUACGCGGACGAGUUUCGCAAGGUGAAUGCCUUGUUCGAGCGUGCACUUGUGUUGCUCAACAAGAUGCCUAGGAUCUGGGAGAUGUACCUUCAGUUCUUGAUGCAGCAGCCUCUUGUGACACUUACGAGGCGCACGUUUGACCGAGCUUUGCGCGCGUUGCCCAUUACCCAACAUGCGCGGAUCUGGGCGUUGUACAUACCAUUCGCAAAGUUGGUUGGUGGCGAGACGGCAUUGAAGAUAUGGAAGCGAUACAUGCAAUUUGCGCCAGAUAGGGUGGAGGAAUACAUAUCUCUGCUGGUCGACGAGAAGCAAUACACGGAGGCCGUCAAGCAGUACAUUAACGUACUGAACAAUCCGCGUUUUGUUAGCAGAGAGGCAAAGGGACCUUUCCAGUUCUGGAUUGAGAUGCUGGAGUUGAUGAUCGAUCAUGCGCGGGAAGUGGUCACUGGCGAUGACGUGGGAAUAGAUGUUGAGCGAAUCGUCCGCAGCGGCAUAGCGCGCUUCCCGGACCAGAGAGGCAUUCUAUGGGUGAGUCUGGCACGGUACUGGAUCAAUAAAGGAGAUCCGGAGCGGGCGCGAGAUAUUUUUGAGGAAGGCAUCACCACGGUGAUGACGGUCCGCGACUUCACGGUUGUUUUUGAUGCGUAUGCCGAGACUGAAGAAGCUGUUAUCGGAUAUAAGAUGGACGAAGCAGCUGCGCGAUCGGACAAGGGAGUGGUCGAUGAGGAGGCCGACUUGGACCUAGAUAUUCGCAUGAUGCGAUUCGAACAGCUUAUGGAUCGGCGGCCGUUCUUGGUCAAUGAUGUGCUGCUGAGGCAGAACCCAAACAACGUCGUCGAAUGGGAGAAACGUGUCGGUCUUUGGGGGGACAACAAGAAGGAAGUUGUCCAGACAUACGCGGAUGCCAUUGCUGCCAUUAACCCAAAACGUGCCGUUGGCCAAUUCCACGAGCUAUGGACCAACUACGCAAAGUUCUACGAGAAGGGUGGAGACUUGCAAACUGCGCGCCUCAUCAUGGAGAAAGCAGUCAAAGUCCCGUUCAAGUCAGUUGCAGAACUGGCUGAGAUGUGGUGUGCGUGGGCGGAGAUGGAGUUACGCAACGAAAACUUCGAAAAAGCGGUCGACAUCAUGGCUAAAGCUACACAGGCUCCGAAGCGCUCCACAGUUGACUACUUUGAUGAGACCUUGUCACCCCAGCAGCGCGUUCACAAGUCGUGGAAACUUUGGUCCUUCUACGUCGACCUCGUGGAGAGCGUAGGCACGCUCGAAGAGACACGCAAAAUUUAUGAGCGCAUCUUUGAGCUGCGCAUCGCGACGCCGCAAACGGUGGUGAACUACGCAAACCUACUGGAGGAAAAUGGGUAUUUUGAGGAGUCUUUCAAGAUCUAUGAGCGUGGCCUAGACCUGUUCUCUUAUCCCGUUGCCUUCGAGUUGUGGAACCUGUAUCUUCAGAAAGCCGUUGAUCGAAGAUUGAGCAUGGAGCGCCUGCGCGAUUUGUUUGAGCAGGCUGUCGAAGGAUGCCCACCUAAGUUUGCAAAGGUGCUAUAUCUCAUGUAUGGAGCUCUGGAAGAAGAGCGUGGGCUGGCGAGACACGCAAUGCGCAUCUACGAGCGGGCCACUCGCGCCGUAAGCGACGAAGAUCGGGCGGACAUGUUCAACUACUACAUCACCAAGUCAGCGUCAAACUUUGGGCUUACGUCCACACGCCCUAUAUAUGAGAGAGCAAUUGCGACGCUUCCUGACAAUGAAGCUAGAGAGAUGUGCGUCAAAUUCGCAGAGAUGGAACGCAGGUUGGGCGAGAUCGACAGGGCUCGGGCAAUCUGGGCGCACGCAAGCCAAUUUGCCGAUCCGAGAGUUGAGCCUGGCUUCUGGAAGAAGUGGGAGGAGUUUGAAGUUGGCCACGGUAACGAAGAUACAUUCAAGGAAAUGCUUCGUGUCAAGCGAUCGGUUGUCUUGUUGUUCAACACGGACGUCAAUUUCAUUGCGACACAGGCGCUGGCGAAGAGCAAAGAAAUUGCCAACGGCACCGCCACGUCCGACUCUGAGAAGGCAGACGCAAUGGCUGCGCUGGAACGGCAGGCCAACGCACCAACUGGCUUCGUCGCCGCUUCAACGGGCCCCGUUGGUGGACAGAAGAGUAAUCCACCGGCUGUCGAGAGCGGCCAGAAAAAUGAUGACGAGAUCGAUCUAGGAGAUGAUCUGUAGCCUCCAGUGUGAGGUAUGGCCGAUAUGGUCAGCAAUGGAACGCAUGUUCGAGUUCAGCUGAGGAAUAAAAAGUAUCGGAUAUCGCUGCUCGUCGUGCUGAUUGAUUUAUUAGACGUUGUUGGAACCACACUUUUCCAAAGAGCAAAGGAAAGGCACAGGGAAGGAGCACUCUUUGCACAGACGUCGCUUUCGGCGCUAUGGUGGUACGCGAGGCCAAAGUUUCAUAAACAGGAUGAUUGCGAAGCUCUGGAGAUCUUAUUGUCAGGACGUUCAUGGAUCGAUCCUGGAAUACAAAUGAGCAGUGGAGUGGUGGACACGAGGCCAACAGACAUCAGGAAGCACUCGGCUCAGUCAAUUUUCUUUUUCGUAUGUACAACACUUUUGCUUAACGUCACGAUCCAAGUGGAAUAACGAGCGACCGGGGCGGAUGGAGGCUAGCAUUUGCGCAAUCUGCAUGCACUAAACGGCGUUUUUUGAGAACGACAGACAUGGGGGGCCGUUGUUCGGCAAGAAAUCACCCAAGAUCCAAAAUGGAGAGAUAUUCCAACAAAGCUUCUUGUCUCUUGAAGUUCUUCUGCUCGCACAAAGACGUACCGCCUGCACAAAGUUUGGGAGGUUCGUGGAUGUUGCUAAAUGUUCGAUCUGAUGUGUACCUAGUAUUAUUUUCCCCCUUGCCUCAUACACAUUUGUCAGGAACACGUGUUGUUUUUGGCCACUGCAGUGAAGCACAAAUAGAAAAAAAAAUCGAAAAAAAUGGAAUAAGUUAAAUGCAC